GAAAUCAUUGCGUAUCGCUGUGGACUUGAUAGUUAUAACAAUUGGUCGAUUGGACGAUGUUGAGAUGGACUAUUCUCUGGAAUUCUACAUGCGUCAACGAUGGAAAGACCCUUUACUAAGAUACGACAACAAAACGCUGCCUGAAAACAGCACAUAUACUGUAUUAGACCAAGAACUGAUUAACCGAUUGUGGAAACCAGACACMUACGUUGAAAACAUGAAAUCUCUUGAGAUCAAGUCUUCCUCUGGUCCAUUUAUCAACCAGGGAUUAAGGUUAUUUCCUGAUGGUACCGUUCUCGUUAGCUCAAGAAUUAGUGCUACACUAUCGUGUAGUAUGGAGUUCCAAAGAUUCCCAAUGGACACACAAACGUGUCCUCUAACCUUAUCAAGCUAUUUUUUCACGGAAGAUGACCUAUAUUAUGAAUGGGGCGAAGUAUACAUCUACGAGAAAGUGAAAAACAACAAUCAGUUUGACAUCCUUGGYGUGGAGAAUACAAGAAGUAGCCUGAAAUUUUCUUCAGGUAUCUACAGCUCACUAAGCGCAGUUUUCAAAUUCCGACGCCGUGUCAAAAAGUUCAUGCUUGGCUUCUACAUCCCCUCAAUCCUAACCGUCAUGCUCUCGUGGGUGUCCUUCUAUAUAAGYCCGUUCUCCGCGCCUGCGCGUUGCGCACUUGGAAUCAUCACAGUGUUGGCUGUUGGAGGCUUUUUAACUGGACAAAGACGCUCUUUUCCUGUGGUGCCGUACGUCAUGGCCGCUGACCUGUACAUAAUGGUUUGUUAUGUAUUUACGGCCCUGGCUUUAGUGGAAUAUGCCGCUGUUCACUAUAUGUUUGUGUAUGACAUGCAGCUGCAGCAGUUCAACACGAAAAAGCCGUCUCAAGCAAACAAAGACAAAGCCGCUGGGAUAGYGAUAGACGAAGGAGAGUACGAACCUGAUGAACAAGAAAGCCAAUCGUCAUCUCACAUGACAACUCGUCCUGAAAGAAUGGAGAUGUCGCAGCAUUUUAGAAACCAAGUCGAAGAUUCGACUUCUGCAGAAGACAGAAACAAUUCUAGAAAGAAAAUUGGUGUUUCCAAGUACAUUCGAGCAAUUCUAAUGAGUCCAUAUAUAUUGUAUAAAAUUGUGAAGCGGGAUGCGUUAAUUAUUGAUCAGUUUUCGCGAGUCGCUUUUCCCGUAGCUUUUUCCUUGUUCAAUGCAGCUUACUGGGUUUUCUAUAUGACGGGUCAUAGCGAUGCCAUUUGAAUAAAAUUCGAGAGAAAAAAAAAACAACAACAACAAGUCUGUAUUGAGACUAGCAACUAAACUGAUUUCAGUACAUAUGCUUCCGCUAUCACCAGUAAUGGUUCAUUUUGGAUAUAUCCCGCAACAGGGGCCAAACCUUUUUUUCUUAUUAUUUUGAAUAAAUGUCCUCCCAAUAGUGGUACUAACUUACGCUAUUAAAAAAGGCUGCAAAUAAAGAUCU